UUAUAACUCAUGAUGUUUCUGUUAUAUUAGGGUACUGUCUGAUGAACAGUAUUUUAAGUUUAAGUAUUUCAAAGAAUUUUAAACAUGAAACAACGCGCGCGUGGUAUACAAACACGUAUUGACAUCAGUAAUUGCACUGUCUUAAAUGUACGCACGAACUUAUUGAAUUUAUGCUUUCGUUCAGAUGUUUUCGUUUUCAGUGACAUAAUUAAUUCGUCUGUAAGGGAACGUUAUGUCUAAAUAAUGUCGUCUGGGAGGGAUCAUUUGGAACAAGUCGGUAAUCUCACUUCAAUGAAUACAGCGGACCAUUACGGGAAUAUCCGAUAGAGAACACAAGCAGAUGCUGCGUUGUCAAGGUAACAAACCACGUGGUUCAUUGUCAUAAUUAAUUUAAUGAAAAUUUCAUGACACUUUGAUCACGUGACCUCUUAUACAGGAAGAUACCCUAUUGGUAAUACAAGAUACUGUGUAUAUCUAGCGCCGUCACGCGGAAUCUCUCGGAUCUGCUAUUCAGGCUGUGACGUAGAAAUAUGGCGGAAAAAUUCAAUACAUUUUCAUAUAUUACCGUUAUUGAUUUCUGAGCAAUCCGAAGGCAUGUUAUACCAAUACAUUGAUACUGUGUCAUCCAUUUGCAAGAUUACUUCAAUCAGAUCAUUUCGAAUAAUGCCGUGAUAGUGUUGUGUUUUGGUAUUAGUUGAUUAGUGAGGUGUAAUUUCUGUAUAUAUAUAUAUAUAUGAAGAUCGGUUUUUGUCAAUCCGGCUCGUGUAUUUUUUUCUCGGUAUAUGAUAUUGCUCAAAUUUAUAAAUUAGGGGAAAAUAGUAAGUUAUCAGUUACACUGCAUGCCGUAUCGGAUACUAUUUCACUAGAGUCGGAAAAUUAAUACCGGUAAUAUAUAUGAAAUCUUGAUUGGCUGCUAUUAUCUCUACAAUCGAUUUCCAUAAUGACUGCGAUGAUAUGUGCCCAGGAAUUAAUUCGCGCGAUCUUUAUUCAAUCAAGACAGUUUUUCUCGAAAAGGCGGGCCCGUGAUUUGGGCAUUGUAGCCUAAAGACAUGGGAAAAACAUUCUGGAUUCUAACCUGGAUUAAACAUCCGUGAUGAAAUAUGAAAAGGGAUUAGAAUAUACACUGUUUGAAAAUUAUGCGAGGAAAUAUUACCAAAGAUCGCCGUGGCUUGUGAAGACGGGACUGGUUCUGGGACCAUGGGCAAGAAAAUACAAUGUAUAGGCCGUUAUGUGAUGGACGGGCAGACCUUGGGCAAAGGAAAUUUUGCCAAAGUCGAAUUGGCCACCCAUGGCUUAACAUGCUGCAAGGUUGCCAUUAAAAUCAUUGAUACCCGGAAGAUAAAGGAAGAUUAUACUCGGAAUAACCUGCACAGGGAGGCUCGGAUACUCGGUCAAAUACGGCACCCACAUAUCAUCCGCCUGUAUGAGACACUUAAGGCAACGACACUAUACUGCCUUGUAUUGGAGUACGCGUCCGGUGGCGACCUUCUUGCCUUCAUCAAAAAUCAAAAGGAAGGUCGUCUCCUAGAAAAUAAAGCUCGACCAUUCUUUAGACAACUUGUAUCUGCUAUACACUUCCUGCACGAGAGAGGUGUGGCUCACAGGGAUUUAAAAAUGGAAAAUAUUCUCCUAGAUGGCAAACAUAAAAACCUCAAAGUUAUUGAUUUUGGCCUUAGUAACACAUUUAGUCGAAAUGAGCUGAUGAAAACACACUGUGGCUCCCUGGAAUACGCAGCUCCAGAACUUAUAGCUAAUAAUGAUAAUAAAUACGGUCCAGAAGUGGACAUUUGGAGUCUUGGUUUAAUAUUAUAUGGUAUGGUUCUGGGUAAACUGCCGUUUUCUACUCAUUACACCGACCAGUACCGUCGUCAAAAACUUCUUGUACAGAUUCUUAAAGGACUUUCAGAUAAUCAUUUUAAAGAGCUCACUCUUCAUGGGAUAUCAGAAGAACUUAUUGACCUGCUGAACAAGUUAAUCGAACCUUCCGUCGAGUUACGUCUUCCACUAGCAGAUUGUGAGAUACAUUCAUGGUUUACAAACAACAAUAAGCUUCCCUUCACACCAUUUAUAGCUCUACCCAGAGAUAAGACAUCAAAGUUGCAGGAACUUGAAUGUGACACAGAAACCGAAGAGGUGAUAGACGAGUUAGCAGCUCUUCUAGAAACUCCACGUGAACAUUUAGAAGAUACUGUACAAGAAAACAAGUGUGACGACUAUUCCGCCAUGUUUAAUAUGCUGCUAGACACAAAACGCAUGGACAAGGGGCUUUUUGACACUGAUUUUACACAGAAACAGGAGGUGAAAAGAGAAAAACACAAGAAAAGACACCAUCACAGGCAUGCAUCGAAGAAGGACUCCAAAGGCAAAGCAACACCUUCCAUUCUGUGUCCAGAAAUUGAGAUUCCAUCAGACACGGAGGAGCCAAAGGUACCACAGUCACAUAACAGUACGAGUUUUGACUUGAUGGCUCUCUGCAGUGCACCAACAUGGCUCGGUGGUGAUCGACGUAAAUCAAGACGCAGGCGAUCCCCUAUGCCUGUUAGCCCAUUACCUCCUUCCGUUGAUCCGGCGAAGAAUGAGCUAGACCCUGGGGCGUUGGCAGCGGUAGGAGGACAAGAACCUCAUGGUCUCUUGUCGCCAACCCAAGCUUCUACUCAGGUAGCCCAGCUACUUCGAAGAAACUCAUCUCGUCGGAAAAGUAGAAGAUCCGUGCAUUCGGCAGAUCCACCUAGUAGAACAGGAAGUAUAAGGCGGUCUAGACGUCAUCACAAUCCUGAUAAUUCGGGUUCGAAUCCAAACAGUCCUCACAGUCCAAACAAUCCAAACAAUCCGGAAAUAAAAAUUGAUACGCCAAAACAAAGCCCAGUUUCCGCAGUGAAGCGACCGGCAAAUUUGAAAGGUUUAAAAGAGUGUUAUUCAAAUGAUAAUCAUAAAGGCUUGACAAGAAAAUCCACUCUUGGGCCAAACACGUCGUAUUCUCGACGAUUUAGGCGGACAAGGUUCGGUAGUGAUAAAACUGAUGGAGGUGACAGUAUGCAGUCAGAUAGUUCAAAUCCUUGCUCAACGACUAAUUUGCACGAAGAUUAUAGUGAUGGUUCUCAAGAUGAAUUUUCGCGUCAUGGGUCUAAAACCUCCCUGGGUUCUGUGGAUAAUCGGGAAUCCACGGUAGAAUCUAGAAUUGCCCAUGCAGAUAUCCGCUCAAUUGUUCGACCAAAACAAAUAGUACUGAGAAGUAAGGUUAAUGGUCAAGUAAAAAGAGAUAAUCCUUGUAGUUUACAUGUUCCAAAUGUAGAAGAUGCAUCUUGCAGGAGUUUGUCAGCUUCUCCUGAGAUUAUUAUUGAAUCUAUGCAAUCAAGCACAUUUGCAAACCUCUCUGAUGAUGAAAAAUUAGAACGUCGCAUGAGUUGUGAAAUUCCUAAAACGGAUAGUGAAAAACGGGUUGAACAGGAAUUAACCGAUUCCUUACAUGUUAACCUGCAAACUUCUGAUUCAAUACAUAGUUCAACAGAGUGUUUAGGGGCUGCUAGUUUAAAACCGGAGCAUUAUAGUGAUUAUCCAGAUGCUGGGUUACAUGACGAGACUCAAGAAACGUGUAGGUUAGAAUUUUAUGCAAAUGAUCACGAAUUGAGCAACCCUGUGAAUAGGAAUAUAUUAAAUGAUACUGUGGAUCAUUUUGAAACUUUGCAUGAACCAAAGCAUCUAGUGGCAGACUUGUAUUCCAAAAGGGAAAAAAUUUCACUAGAUGAUAAAAUAUUAAUGCAAGACGAUAUUUGUUAUGUUGACAGCAGUGACCAUAAUUCUUCACAGGAGAAUCUUAUAUUAGAUAGGAGACGCAGGAAGGAGAGUUUAGAUGACAUUGAAAGUAUCUCUGCACCUAUAUUGUUAUCUCCUCGGGAAUUAGGACUAGGUCUAACACCCAGUGAAAGCCCUGGGGAUUCAUUAAUCGGACCUGGUGCGAGUUCUGUCUUGUCGUCUCGGCAUGGCAGCACACCCUCAGUGCGCUUUGUUAUGCCUAGCACACCCAUUCGCCAAAUGUUUCAUACUCCAAUUGCACGCAUUGAAAGUUUUCAUAGUGAUGAUUUUGAAAUUUAUACCUCAGAUAUUGAUGCUUUAGUGACCUCACCGACAACACCAUCGCCCUCAUCUAUAUCUACACAAACUCCAACAGUUCCAUGUUUUCAGUAUAGAAUUCAUGGCAGAAAGAAACAAUUCAUGAGGAAAAGUGCUAAACAUCAGCAGAAAUCAUCAAAGGAUAAUAAAAAGUUUCAAAAAGAUGGAAUUAUUUCUUUUAUUCCAGAAAAGAACGGGAGGGAUGACUUUCGUGGUCGAGAAGCACUAGUAAGUUCUAGUUCUGAAUGUGGUAGUGACGGACAAGUGCCUGAAGUAGUGAAUGCCAGCAAGGCAAAGAUUUUCCCUAUGGAAAACAGUGACGACCAAACAGAUGGUAAAUCAUGCAAACCACAAAUGAACGACAAGACAAAACUGAUCUCUGAAGUCCAAGUCGAUCAAAACAGCACCAAAAAGCACCAGAAUUCUACAUGUAGAUCAUUUCCAUGGAAACAAGCCCAAGAUACAGAAACUAAACAGUCAAUAUGGAGAAGGGGUUUUGUUCAUUUGCUGAAGAAAAAGAAGCUCACCAGCUUUGGUUCUGGAAACAAUAACAAUGACGCCGACAGUCCAUCGCGAUAUCGCGUGGCAAACCAUAGCAACAGUAGUACGGCUAAUGUUGUCAACACUGUCAUCAAUACGCGAAAUGGUCAUGCAAGAGGAUCUUACAGGGCUGUUCCGCCAAGUACAUUGGAUAUUCCUGCAACAAGUGUCGAAAUCAAAUGGUCCCCUGCAAAGGUUGUGCAAAACAACAUAAAAGCUGGAGUAGAUUCUGGCACUGGUGAUAUUGGUAGAACCCAAACACCAAGCCCAAGCCCAUCUAAACCAAAAGUGUUCGAUUUCACGAUAGUUACAUCUGAGCCUUCCAAGCACAAACAUUGUCUUCUCAGUUGGAAAGCGUGCCGAGAGUGUACUUUUAGUGAAGACUCCUCAACUAGCGAGGUAAGUGAAGACAAUGAUGGUAGAUGUAGUCGUGAUAGUCAGAUACCGGAAUCUACAAACAGUAACACCAUUGCUAUGACAACCAUAAGGGCGGCCCCUGUAUCACCUUGCAAUGUCUCCCUGUCAUGACAACUACACACGACCGUUUAUAACGUGCUCCACAUACAUAUACAUGCAUCCAGAAUUAUAUUUUGGGCAAAAUCAUUUGUUCUCAUUAUAUUGUUGCAGAACAAAGUAUCUGACAAUAAUGGAGAAAACAAAUUUUGACAACAUUCUUCCAAAUGGGAUAGGAAGAAGGAAACUCUAACAGCUUUAUAAAUGAGGCUACAACGAUAGAAUAUGAUUGAUAAAAUUGAAAAGUAUUGCAGAACGUUUUACAAGUUCAUUUGCCCUCUUAAAAAAGAAAAUUAUGAGUGUUUUGUAUAUGUAGUAGACGAUGUCAAAAUUGACGGUUAUGGUUUAAGAGAUAAGAAGCACAUUUGACAGUCACGUCAUUUUUCGCGCAAUAAACUUUGCGUUUUCACCACAUUUGUACCAACAUCUAACAUAGAUAUGAGAAAAAAAUAAACAUACGCAGAAAUUUAGAACAUGAUGUUAUCUUCAAUAUUGAAGAUCUUUUGUAUUAUGAUGGAAUAAAGGCGGAUUCUUGUGACUGUCAAAGUGCAAUCGUCGACGAUAUUGUUAUUGUAAUUGGGAUAUUUUUCAAUGCCAAAGUCUUUCAGGUGGUUGUUUUGUUUUGGUCUACAUGCUUUUUGAAGUAGGACCCUUUUCAUAACUGAAUUGGAUAGGACAUUUUGGUACAUUAUAUAAUCACCAAAUUCUGUUAAUAUGUUUCGUUGAAUUUAUAUUAAUGCAAUAUAGUAGGCUGUCAACGAGAAGCGCCCAUCAUUGUUUGUUUGGGGUUUUGUCUUGCCGAAUCAUUCCUGUUUACGUUAUAAAGACAUAACUGUAAAUUUUAGCUUCUUAAUUUUUAAAGAUAAAAUGAUUGUUACAAAGCAGUUCAUUUAAUGAUGUCCUGAAGGAAUUUUUAACAGCAAUGUAGUGUGUUUCCUUCGACGAAAUUAGUUUUGGUUGUCAUUUCGUACGUUUUGAACAUGGAGGUCUUUCUAAGGAAGUUAAUUAAUGUAAUAACGACAUAGUAGUAAUAAUAAUACAUGAUAACUAGUUCAAGAACAGUUAAUGUCAGAAAAAAUAUUUCAAUUAAUUUAUUUCAUACAAAGUUCACACUUUUUUCUUAGGAUGGGACAUCACACAUAGUUAUAGUAUCAUGCUGUAUACCUUUACAGUUGUAGGGCAAAAGUGUUUAAAUAUGUUUUUGUAAUCUGUUUUGUGUAACAUCAGAACGUGUUUUAGGAUAAACUGCUUUUUACACGAAAAAAACGAAAAUUCUGUUUUUACAAUAUUUGUAAAUGCAAGCAAACACGCGUUUGCCAAAUUUGUUGAUUUGUUGAUUGAAAUGUUAUUAGUACUUUUGUGUGUAUUUUAAUACGAAUAUUUCGUGCAAUUUUCUGUAUAGGUUAUAGCUCAUAUUGUUACAAUUCAGCUUUCAAUGCAAGUUUGUGAUAUCUAUGAAAUGUUUUCACUGGUCAUCCCGAAAGGGUAGAAUCAAAUGUUAACUGUUAGGUUAUGAGUGUAUUUGAUUUGUAUUAUUUGACCAACAGUUGUUUCUUUUAAAUUGUACGUUGAAUGUUGAUAUAUUAAAUGAUACUCCUUGUUUUUGGUAUAAUUGUUUGAAAUUCACUAUAGUUUAAACCUCAUAUUAUUUAAAUUGUUUGUUAAAUAUAUAUAUAUAAGUGUUAAUAAUUUCUACACUGUGGCAGGAUUACAAUUGAUAUAAUCAGGUCAUUGUAUGCAAUUGUGCAUUCAUGUUAAAAUUUUGCCCUUACCUUCUAAGAGCUAUCCCAGUAGCCUUUGCAAGCAGCUGGGUACCAGGCCAGACCAAAUGCUGAUUUUUAGGUAUCAAACUGUUUGACAGCCGCCCUUUAUGUAUUCAUAUAUGUAUUUAACCGAGAAAGAUGGCAUGUUUAAGUUCUUUCUUACAGCUCUUUAUAGAUUUUGGUCAAUAAGGAAGUUAAUUAUUAAUUCAAAAUGUUCAAAAGUUUUAUUUGCCUGAAUUGGGUUACAUUGUGAUAAUGAGAUUUUCUAAUUCAAAUUAUUCUCAUUGUAAAAUUUAGUCAAAUGUACGAUAUUGUAUAUAUUGAAAACCC